ACUUGUGACCUUUUCCGGAAGUAAAUUUCGCUCUUCAAGUGACCUUGAUCGAGUUGAGCGUCUUCGAACUUGCUUGAAUCUGCAAACAGACCCGCUUCUUCCUUCGAAUUAGACUGCUAGACUGCACACACAGGAAAAUCAAGCUAUCUCAAAGCUCUGCGAUCUGAUUCAAACAGACCUAACCAGCCAGGAACCCCUCCAAACCUAAACAUCUCGAAAAGCAGACGGACCACAAUAUCAGAACCUCGCCAUACCUCAACUUGCAAGUAGACUAAAUCACACCGAAUGUCAGGCCGAGGAGGACGAGGCGGCGGAAGAGGAGGUCGAGGUGGUGGAAGAGGAGGUUUCCAGGGAGACAGACCAAGAGGAGGUCCGGAGGGUGUGGCUGUGGGGACGUUGACGCAUGCGGAUUUGCAGAGGACGGUGAAGACUGAGAGGUUGUACCCGGAGUAUCAAUUGAAAGAUAUGAGGAACCCGGAUCAGGCGGAAUCACGUGUCUGCGUGUUUACUCGGGAGAUGGCAAAGAGCCUCAGGUUCAGUCCUUAUCGUCUGAGGGAUAACGCAGAGAAGGACGACAUGGCCUCGUACACGGACAAGUACAAACAAAAGAGAUCACUCAACGCGCUCAACCUGAACGCCGAACAGUUGGGGCUGGAGAAGGAUUUCUUCCCGAGACAGAUCUGGGAGAUGUAUUUUGAGGGAAAAGAUCCGGAAGGUGCGGCGAAGGAGGAGAAAAAGAAGAAUAAGAAAAAGAAGAAGAGCGUCGACGAAUUAGACGAAGGUGCCGCUAGUCAAGAGGAAUUUUCGGACGAAGAUAUCAUGCUCGAAGACCAGCUGUCAGAAGAGGAAGAUUAUGGGGAAGACGAUUAUGGGAAUAAUUACUUUGACGCUGGGGAGGAAGAGGGCGGGGAUGACGAUGGUGGCGGUGGAGGUGGAGACGAGUUCUAGACUCGAGUACAGAGAUCGAAUUCCGAUCAUACUUGGUAGCGCGGUGUAUGUAUUAUCAUGUAGCUGUCCUUGGGAGCAGCGUGUUGUAUCCGUUAUGUCCUAUUAUACAACCUAAGCAGUUUAU